ACAGUAUCAUGAGAGAAAAGCAUCGAGUGAGAGAUGUGUUGACUCAAGUGAGCAUCAUGAUCCAUUCGAAUAUGUAUUAAUUUUCUAAUAUCGGAAGAAACGACAACAGGAAGUAUCGUCGUGCACUAAAGUGAGGAAGAGGGACUAGAAAAGAGAGUGGAGGCGAUCUAGUACAUAGACAUUGAGAGCUAUCUCUGCUGCAUAGUACAAGCUGUAUCGCCAGGGCGCGAGGCCGCGACCCUGAGCCCGAUACGCGGAAUAGGACGUUUCGAUAGCGGAAUAGUGCGCGCAACGAAUACGUGUCAAACAUCGGUCCACGGAUAAGCGCAAAGUGGAGCAUCGUAGCGUACGCGGUGCUAUCUGCUAUCAUUUGCUCGCGAAAAGGUCGAGAGUUCAUGAUCAUUCAGUGACUCGAAACGAUGAUUCGACUCGUCGUUUGACGACGAUCAUUUUUUUUUCUUUAUUUAUCACUGCCUGAACGAUAAAAAACUAUUAGUAGGCAAAACGACGAAUUUUUUCUCCCUGCUCUCUCGCUUCUUAAGUGGAUAUCUCGUUGACCAGUGUUAUAACCUGUUAAGAUCGAACGUUUCUACGUUACAUCGUUCAGAAAAAUUUCUUUGAAAAAGAGAAUUUUGUGAAUCGGAGAGUGAUUAUUGUAUAGUGAUAACACGAUCCGAAGAUGCCGCUCUUCGGUAAAAAGGAUUCGAAUAAAAAGAUCAAGAAAGAUGGGAAAGACGAUAAAUCGCCGUCUGUCGAGGACAAAUACAUCCUAAAGGAAUUGCUUGGAACGGGUGCUUUCUCUGAAGUACGUUUGGCAGAAAGUAAAGAAAAGCCUGGUCAAAUGUUUGCUGUAAAAAUCAUUGAUAAAAAAGCAUUGAAAGGAAAAGAAGAUUCUUUAGAAAAUGAAAUUAGAGUGUUGCGAAGGUUAACACAUCCAAAUAUUGUUCAAUUACUGGAAACAUUUGAAGAUAAACACAAAGUUUAUUUAGUUAUGGAAUUGGUUACCGGUGGAGAACUAUUUGAUAGAAUCGUUGAGAAAGGUUCCUAUACAGAGAAAGAUGCAUCAGGUUUAAUAAGACAAGUUUUAGAAGCUGUGGAUUAUAUGCAUGAUCAAGGUGUUGUGCAUAGGGAUCUUAAACCUGAAAACCUUUUAUAUUAUAAUCCAGAUGAAGAUAGCAAGAUCAUGAUUAGUGACUUUGGACUAUCAAAAAUGGAAGACUCUGGUAUUAUGGCAACUGCUUGUGGUACUCCAGGAUAUGUUGCUCCAGAAGUCUUAGCACAAAAGCCGUAUGGAAAAGCUGUAGAUGUGUGGAGUAUAGGAGUCAUUUCUUACAUCUUAUUAUGUGGUUAUCCUCCAUUUUAUGACGAAAACGAUGCGAACCUGUUUGCACAAAUUUUAAAAGGUGAAUUUGAAUUUGAUUCGCCGUACUGGGACGAUAUCAGUGAGUCUGCAAAGGAUUUCAUUCACAAAUUGAUGUGCGUCAAUGUCGAGGAACGCUUUAGUUGCAAACAAGCCCUUGCACAUCCUUGGAUAUCCGGCAAUGCUGCUAGCAAUAAAAAUAUCCAUGGCUCCGUAGGAAUGUCUUCCUCUUCUCUCAUGGUUGCAGCAAGCCUACCACGCAGCCACGGUCAUACGUCAAAUGCAACGGCUGGCACUCAACAGCGGCCAGCAGCAGCAGGGCCCAGGAUCAACAGGCCCCUCCAGCGGCAACCCCACGCCAUACCCCGAUCAAUCGCAAUCCAACCCCAGUUACCAACCCAGAUCAGUGGAGCCUCCAACCAACCUCAAUUGAAGGAAAUACGCGAGUCACCAUUGCCGGUGUCAAGCUUGGUGGUCUCGAGUCCUAUUCCCAUUCCGAUCACUCCAAAUUCACCAUUAUACUUACGCAACAAACGCUUCAAGCUGUGGGGUAGCACACGCACCGCUCUGUCUACUCUAUUUCAAACGAAUGUAUCGUAUCUUAGAAAGCAAAGAAAGUAUAAGAAAAGCUGAGUCACGCUAAGUUUCUUCUAAUGAAAAAUAUCGAAGUCGUCAGGUGGCCGUUUAUUCUCUUACCGAGUUAUUAUUCAAAUACUGGUAAGAGUUUGUAUAGAUUCCAGCUAAUUCGCUUUAUUGUGGUCUCCUGUGACAUGGUUGCCACCGAUCGUGUAUAUUACAAAAUUACACACGCUCGCGAGUGCGCGCACAUAUACACACUUAAAUACACGUAUAAACAGCCCGCGCGAUAUAAGGCGAUUUUCCGAAUGUUUCUCGUUUUAUCGUCCCUCUCAGUUUUGUUGGCUUUGUUUCGACAAUUUCUAAAUAGAUCUUCUCAUUUUGUUAGUAUAUAUUUCACAGUAGAAUUAAAUCCCGUAGCCAUCAAUAGUGAUUUUAAAUGACGAUAUGUCAACAGCAUUGAUUUGAUCAAGUAAAGAUGUAGUUAAUGUAUUUAGAUAAACUUAAUGCUAUUGUGAAAUCUUGUAACGCAAGAAAGAUCUUGCUCGAUCAAAUCUGCUAAAUGUAUAAAGAAAGAAAAAAAAAAGAAACUAUGUGAACAGUACAACGACAAGUUUUUAUCUUUUAUAAGGUUUGGUGUAAUGAAUAGUAGUUGUUUAGAUGAUUUUUUGCUAUGUGAACAUCUUACUAUAUUCUGGCUAAAUAUGUUUUAAAUUCCAUAAAAACCGAUACGCAGCUUUUGACCCGGUACUUAUUCGAAUGAAUGAUAUGGUCGAAUAUAUCUUUUGAAACAGCGUUUUUUCAAGAAACACGAAACAAAAGACAAAUUAAGUAAGUUUUUUGUAAGACAGAUUACUCCAAAUGAGGAGAAGAAAAUGAAUUCUUGCCAUAUGGAAUCGUGUUGUGAGACUGUAUGAGAUCUGAUUUUUAUCAAUAUUUGCUUUUAUAUUUCCCUCAAUGAUUACUAUACAUGUUUUAUUUUAUGACAUAAAUGCAAACAUUUAUAUACGAGUCAUGUACAGUACACUGUAUUGCAAGAUAUGUACAUUGUGUACACAGAUACUUGUUCUGUUACAUAGUGAUAUUAGUACACUUUAAGAACUCCAAAACAGAGAUCUACUAAUUAGAUUUAAUAUGUAUAUACAUACAUGUAUAUUGUUCUACUGAUAUUUUUAUCGAUAUGUUGCACUGAAAUUUAAUGGAAAAUGUACAUAAUUCAUACACGAUUCCCUAAUUGUCUCUUUGCAAGAUGCAAAUAUAAAAAGCAUGUUAUAUAAUGUCGAAUUUUUCACUUUUUUAUAAUAUUUUUUAAAGACAAUUAUAUUUUUAUACGCUUUGCAAUUUCUUCUGAUCUAAUUGUUUUUAUUGUAUUUCUUUCCUAUUAAAAAAAUCGUUGUUGUUCUUCAAAUAACGCAUAGAAUAAAAUUGGUUCAUCUUCGGAAAAAGUAGAAAGCACAAAUCUAAUUAGAUAAGAGCUAACGAUUUAUAUAUUUUGCUGUGUUAUAAAAGAAUGUACAUAUUAUUUUUAUAUGUUACGUUCCUUGAUGUAAAUGUGUAAGUACUUUCAAUAUGCUAUGAAUAGUUCAAUACAAAUAUUUUUGUAUUUAAUAUUUUGUUGUAGAUUACAGCGAUUAUAUAUCAUUGCAUAAGUUCCAAAAAAAAAUUGAAAUAUAAUCUAGCUAUUUAUAUUUGUAUCUUUUUAUAAUGUGAAGAAUCAGUGAAUCAUAUACAGUACUCAGUAUUUGAAUUACAACAGGUACUUCAACGAAAUGUUCUGAGAUACUUUUAGUAUUUGGUGGUAUUUCUUUAUUUUUUUACAAAUAAUUGCAGAUAAGUGCAAUACCGUAUAUACCGUAAUCUUGUGAUAAUGAUGCUACUGUGGUCUCUUACUCAAUGGUAUAUCGAUAUAAAAAUAUUGAUACUAAUAAAUAUUGAGAAUUUUCAUUGAAAUAGGAUAUAAAAUUUCUCUCAAUUGGAAAUGUAUCAAAUAUUAAUUUUUCACGAUGAUGAUGAUCAAAUUCCACGUUUUAUUAUAUAGAUGAGAAAAAUACAUUAUGUAUUAAUAUGCGGAAAAUUGUAUCGACAAAAUUCAAUGUUUUUUCAGUGUCCUUUUGAAAUAAAUCUAAAUUGUACUCAAUGAAAUCUAAAAGGAUCAUAUAUGUUACAUACAUACUAUGAUAGAGAAAAUUAUUGCUGUUUAUCGAGCGGGCACUCCUUUUGUCAUAAAUUGCUAUCUCUUUAUCUUUAAACAAUAAAUAUAAUAAUCACUCUGAACUCUCAUAUUAGACAUCCGUCCGUGUACCGGGCACUAUUCGUAUAAUUCAUAACUAUAUAAAAAAGGGAUUCGUGUUAACGCUACAUAAUAAUUUUGAAAUCGAUAAUAAUUAUAUUAAUUAUAAGAUAGACAUUGUUCUAAUAAAAUUAAACAAACUACAUAUAAAUUGAUUUAGAACAUGACGUAUAUGAUGGAAGUUAAGAUACAUACAAUGAUCAUCAUUUUGUUUCUUGUCGAAACAUUGUAGUAUCAAAAAUUUCAAUUGAUAAACAGGUCUUUCAUUGCGCAAAAAAUAACGCACCAUUCUAAAGUGCCUUGGAUGACACGAUGAUGGAAUGUCAGAUAAAUAAAUUCAAAAAUAUGUUACUCGAUGAUUAGAAUCAAAUAUCAUUUAUCUUUUAUUUAGAAAAUAGAUUUCUAUUUCUAUAUCCUAAUCUAAAUAUUUAUUUGCAUUAUAUCUCACAAAAAAAUAUUUGAAUUCAGAUAUUUAAUAGAAUUAUGUAAUUUUAUUAUAAUUUUUUUAUAACCAGCAUCGUGUCAUCUAAUAAGAAAGGUUCGUUAAUAAGCAUUUUUUUACGCUAAAUAUAUUGUGUAUAUGAGCUUGUAACUUAAAAAUUCUAGAAGGAAAUAAAAGAAAAGGAGCUUAGCUUGUAUUUAGAAACGAAUUAUAAAAAAAGAGAAGAAAACGAUAAAACCGUGCCACAUGAAUAAACAUAUCGGCAGGAAUAUUGCAAAAUGUGAUUAUAAAAAUAAGCUGAUUUUAAAUAGCAAUGAAAACAACUUGUUACUGCAGUUUUAUUCGAUGAGAAAAAAAAUAACAUCAGACUGAUAAGAGUGUGUAUGGAGCGAACGAGGAAGAGAGUGAAAGAAAGAAAGAGAGCGAGAGGGAGGGAGAAUGCACUGUUGUCUAAAAUGUUUUAACUGUUGCCUAUAAAUUAAGCGUAAUUGAGCUCCUAUAUUUACCGACCGAUUACAAGAAUAACUUCUUCCUAUUGUAACUUUUUCUCAUUGCACAAGCCUUGCAAUUGUUAUGCUUACAAUUUGUGCAUGUGAGAAUGAUUAUUACCAGACGUUUCAUUGUUAAUUGUACUUGAUACAGAGGAUCAGAAUCGUUAGAAAAAAAUUUAAUGACACAAAUUUAUCAACUCUACGCAGAAAAUUUUAGCAAAUCAGAAUCUAUCAAACCAAUUUACAGUGCCAAUGUAUUCCACACAUCCAAAAAGAGCUGUUGAAAUCGCUAAUUUUUUUGAGGCAUGUAAAAUAUCAAAUUUUUGUAAAUUACAUAUUAUAUUCGAAUAGCUGAUAUUUUCGAAAAUAAGAUCGAUUAAAUUUUUAAUAAUUAUUGCUUCAUCAGACAGACUAAUUUUUUUCGUUCAAAAAUAGAGAAAACUGGUUUGUAAGUUCGAGGACUAUAGAAAGCGGAUAUCAAGUAUUUCGAAAUUAAUAAGAUCUUUUUUAAUUUCUUAAUUGUGGUGCUACAAAACGGAUGUUCGAUACUACUAUUUCAUGGAAUGUUGAUGAAUAAAAAAAUAUGUAUAUAUAUACACAUACUAAUAUAUAUAUAUAUAUUUAGCUGUCUUAGCUUGUUUGAGUAUCGCAUUAAUGUAAUCAUUCUUUUCUAUAGUCAUCCUGAGUUGUAAGAUUGUUAAUUAAAAAUAAAACAGAAAUAUCGGAACGCUUAUAAACUACAAAAUAAGUAAAUUAAUCGCACUUUAA